GACAAAUUUUGAUGUCACUGUUCGUUUGUUUGGAAGAUUUCUUUUCUGGGAUCUCUCUCUUUCUCUCUCUACAAACAAUAAUAGUAAUAAUUAUAUACUCUUGCACAAAUUCUUUCUUCCUGUAUUUCUCAUUUCUCUCUCUAAAGGUACUUCAUUUUUAGAGGGAGAGAGUGGCCCAGCUGAUCGAAAUCUGCAAUCUUUGUUGGGUCUGACGAGGAUCUGAGCUUCUUCAAUGAAAUUUCCAAGCCAUUCACCUUUAUUGUUUACUUAUUUUCAUUUGACGGUUUUUUAAUCAUUUCUCGUCUUUUUUCUUGGUUUAUUUGGUGAUAUUGAGUGAAAAAAAAAAACUUAAAUUUACAUGAUUAUAAGCUCUUAAUUACCGUGAGACUCACUACGAUUCAAUCCACGAGGGUUUGUUGAGAAGCUGUGAUUCCAGGAUGUGGGUCUGAGGAAUGGCAAUGAAAGUGCAUCGCAAAAACUACUUGCCAGGGUAUUCUUCCAUGAGGGAUCUUCACGAGGAUUCUAACAGCAGUCGCUGGCCCCUAUUUUAUGGAGACGAGCCCUUAAAAAUCGGGCAGUGUUACAAUUUGUUUGUGCCGAGGACUGUAACGGACGGGUCUCUGGGGUAUGAUAAGAAUACAUUAAAGCAGAAAAUGCUUGAACACGAAGCAAUUUUUAAGAACCAGGUUUAUGAACUCCACCGCCUUUACAGAACUCAAAGGAACAUGAUGGAAGAAAUAAAAAAGAAUGAACUAUGUAAACAUUGGACAGUGAUGGAACCAUCAUCGUCGUCGUCAACUCUACAUGGAUCUCAAAUGCCAUCAAACGAUGCUCGAAAACAGCAAAUGAUGGGCUUUCCUUUGUUGCAUUCUGGUCAUGGCAGAACAUCUGUCUCAGGAGUUGAAAUUGUUAAUUCUCCUUCGAGUUGUACUAAUGGGAAUAACAAGCACACUGGACACUACCCAUUCCAUCACCGAUGUUCUUCAAAGGACUCUGAAGCACUGGAUUCGAGACCCUCUAAGGUGAGGAAGAAGUUGUUUGAUCUUCAACUUCCAGCCGAUCAGUAUGUUGAUACUGAAGAUGAGGAAUGCAUACAGGAUGGAAAAGUACCUGACAUUUUGAGCCAUACACCUAAUGGAGUUCAAAAAGUUGCCCCCGAUAGUACUAAGUUUUUGGUUAGUGGAGAUUCCUCAGCUUCAAGUUCCUGUUUGAGGAGAUCUAUUGGUCUAGCUGAUCUAAACAAACCCAUUCCCAUUGAAGAAGUAAUGGCUCCAUCAUCUAUUGAUUUUCUUGGUUGUACUUCAAAUGUUGGAGAGACUAAAGGUGUAGAUCUGUCGGCCAAACCAAGUGCAAGAUUUGUACGUGUACUGGGAGAAACCAUAUAUAGCCAUAACAGAUCUUUGAUAAAUUCGUCAGUCGGGAGUGAAGUCAAAGAGAGGGGAUGGCUCAAUCAUGUACAUGAAGCAGGAUCCAGUAAAAGUAAUCCGGCAUCUUCACUUCCAGUUCUCCCAAAAGAGAAGCUGCAUAUACCUUCCCAGCCAGCAGAUGUCAUGCUUAAUAAGGUUUGUCAUCCUCCUGGAAUAUAUCCAACUUGUCCCAGUAGGGAAGAUUUGUGGAGAGAGAGAGGUCGUGAUUCCUCCGAGAAUAAACAUUCAGAACCAGUUGUUGCAUCUCGGACUCCUGGUCCGUACUCAUGUUCUGGUUUUGCUGAUUCAUGGUCUCACUCCCACUCGUCUUCAGCAAAGCCCACAAGUUGCUUUAUUCAAAGGAUAACCUCGUUGCCAACAUCUAUCAAUUUUGCUUCAACAAGCCAGGAAACCUUUGGAGACAAUUGGAAAGUCGAUGCUAGCUCUAGGUUGAACCCAAGCUUGGGAAGUGAUGUAACAUCCCAGAAUGGAUUUUACCAUGGGCCUGUCUCGGGAUCCAAAGAACCACAAGUUCACUUGCCAUCAGAUGCCAUCGAUUAUUUUAACUGCAGCAAGGGUGAUAAUGUAGCAUCUGACCAUUCUACUAAACAUGGAUAUGAGAGGUUUCUGAAGGGCUCGACUCAUGUGGAUAAGAAGCCUGCCGUAGAUAUUGACUUGAAUGAGGUAGUUUUGAAGAGCUCAUCAAAUGAAACAUCUUGUCUGCAUGAUCUCAAUAAGAUGGAUGAAAAAAGUAAGCAUGCUGACGUGUCAACAUGGCCUUGGCUUAAACCGAAGCCCUCCUAUAAAAAUGAGGCUUUCGCAGGUGCUAGGUGUUCGGAACUUUCGGGAAGUUUGGCAUACCUUCAAGCUUCUUCUAUUCCCUCGUGUUGCAAGAGCGAAACGGUGAGAGAUCUUAACCAAACAUUUCCCCCAACUGUCAUGUCAGCUUCAAGUGAUUGUGAGGUUGUGACCGUACACGAGACUCAGAAUGUUAAGAAAAUUCUGGGGUUUCCCAUUUUUGAAAUUGCAAGUGUUCAUAAAAACGAGCUAUCAUCCCAUGUUUCCACCCCGGUUAUUCACCAUCCUGAAGGUAAAAUUUCCAAAAAUGAAAGAAGAGAUGGAAUAAUUGAUAUUAAUGUAGCUUGCGAGUCAGAUGAGCAGAUAGCAGCAGAACUCAUUAUAGAGAAGGAAAUAUAUACAAAAGGUUCCUAUACUGGAAAUCUUAUCGAUUUGAACUCUUGUAUCAAUGACGAUGAAGAUCCACCAGCAUCCUCUGUUCCAAGCAACAGUGCUAUUACAAAGACAUCAGUCGAAAUAGAUCUAGAAGCCCCAGCAAUUCUGGAGAGUGAGGAUGAUAAUGCACUGUCCAGAGAAAAUAUACAGGUUGAGGCAUCCUCGCUAUCUUCUGAACAUAAAGCCAAACAAAUACAGGAUGAAAUUGUAAGAAAUGCUGCACAGACUAUAAUUGCUAUCUCAUCUUCGAGUCAGAAAAUCCUAGUAAAGGAUAACGUUUUCCUUCCACCUGACGCAUCAUUCGCAGAACCCCUGCUCUGGUUUGUUGAUGUUAUUUCAUCACAUGCAGAUAAACUCAAUAGCAAAGAAUUGGGGAAUGGUGCACCAAUUCGGGAUCUCUUUGAGGAGAUAGAUGAUUUCGAGGCCAUGACAUUGCAACUGACAGAGAUGAAAGAAGACUACAUGCCUAAACCCUUUGUUCCAGAAGUCCAAAAGAUGGAAGAAAUAGUACCUGAUACAUUACCAAAUAGAUCUCGAAGGGGUCCGGCGAGGAGAGGAAGGCAGCGGAGGGACUUUCAAAGGGACAUUCUUCCUGGUCUGACAUCAUUGUCCAGACAUGAGGUGACCGAGGAUCUUCAGACAUUUGGAGGCCUGAUGAGAGCUACCGGGCAUCCUUGGAAUUCUGGGUUGAUGAGAAGGAAUAGCACUAGAAACGGGGGUUUUCGGGGGAGGCAACGGACAGUGGUUGAAACAACUCCAACUAUUCCCACCCCAGUUUGCAAUUCAUUGAUGCAGCAACUAAAUAACAUUGAAGCUGGUUUGGAGGAUAGAAGCAUAACCGGGUGGGGGAAGACAACUAGACGUCCCCGUCGACAAAGAUGCCCUGCAGGUAAUCCUCCUACUGUUGCAAUAACCCAAUAAUGGAAAAGGCGUUAAAUUUAUUGAUUCAGAAUUCACAGAGGAAAAUUAGACGGUGAUAUUGGGGAAUGAGAUCGUGUUUCCUAGAGCUAUUUGUCUUUGUAAAUGUCAUUGUAGCUCAUAAUUCGACACCAUGAUUCUGUCUGAUUUCUUCUCGAUACAACAUUGCUUCAAAGAUGUGCAUUUGUAUUCUUAGAGAGAGCUGAAACAUGUGGAAUGUUUUGUUAGAAGCAGGUUCGACUUAA